AUGGAGAGAACCAGCAAGAUCAUCAGGAGAACAAUCUACACCUUCCUCAAGAACUACCAGUACUUCACCUCAACUGCUGCAAUUCUUGCAUUCCCUGCUUCUGUUUCAAUUCUCCUCUCUGAAUCACUUGUACCAUCGUUGUUACCUCUCCUUUCAGUCAUUCAUUUUCGUCUUCAAACACUCUUUGAUGCAGCUGGGUUUCCCCCCUCAUCACAGUUCUUUUCCCUUCUCAAUCUGAAGUUAUCUCAAACCAUAUCUUCCUCAAUUUUAUCUAUCCCUUUCACCCUCUCCUUUCUCCUUCUAGCAAAAGCAUGUGUAAUUCAUGCUCUCCAUCAUCACAAAGUAUCUCAUCAACCUUCCUUUUCUUCUUUCCUAUCCCUUUACACUCCCCUUCUCAUCACCCACCUCUGCAACUCAUUUGUUAUCAUGUCAGCAAACGCAGCCACCUUCUCUGUGCUCUUCCUUGCCUUCAAUAUCCUUGAUGCCUCUGGCUUCUCUUCACCCUCUAUCAUUCUUAUCGUCUCAGCCGCUGCUGCCAUCCUCUACUCUGUCAUCCUUGCUAAUACUCUUAUUGUCUGCAACUUAUCUUUGGUUAUAGCAGGGACAGAUAACUGCAGCGGGUUUCUAGCAAUCCUCAGGGCCUGUGUGCUGAUCAGAGGCAGGGUCUCGACCGCACUUUCUCUGGCUCUCCCUGUCAAUCUGGGACUGGCUUUAGUGGAAGCCUUGUUUCAGUACCGGAUCAUAAGAGUGUUUAGUCAUUCUGAAAGGCUCAGCCCCUCCAUAGCCUUGGAAGGGAUGUUAAUUGCAUACUUAUACUCCCUCUUCAUUCUCCUUGACACCAUUGCAAGCUGUAUAUUAUUCAAAAGUUUAAAGUCAAGUUCUCAGAUGGAUCUUGAGAGCAGAUAUGUUUACCUUGAACAGAACAUGGGGGAAGAAGACCUCGACGCUUUUACAUACUCGAAGAAUUUGCCAGAACUUCUCUGA